CAUAAAAUUGUCCAAAAUGUCUUGGUAUGCUGAUGCCUUAAGCGUUCUAUUCACUGGAACUAGUGACUCUCCAGACAGUUGGCGACUUCUGCACAAUGUACACUUCAGCACUGACCCCGCUCUGUCAUUUUAUGUGGCCUACCACUUCGUGGAUGAGUUGCUGCUGUUCCCAGUUGCUUCCACUUUGUUAUAAUACCACUAACAGUUGACCGUGGAAUGUUUAGUAGCAAUGAAAUUUCACGAAUGGACUUAUUGCACAGGUGGCAACCAAUCACGGUAUCAUGCUUGAAUUCAUUGAGUUCCUGAGAGCGAUCCAUUCUUUCACAAAUGUUCAUAGAAGCAGUCUGCAU